GCAACGGGGACUGUUCAAUUAUUUGUUGGAAGAUGUUGAGUGCUGCGGUCAUUAGAUUAUUAAUUGUGUCGAGUAUUAAACUAAUUAAUUCAACGCUUAUGCAGAAAUGCGACUUCUUAACGGCAGGUGUGACAGCAACUUCUGGACGUAUGAAACUGGCAGAUUUGACUGUGCCUUGGAUGUACGACUGCUACGAUCUUCUCUUUGCCGUCACCGAAGACACGGUCAACAUCAACGCCGUCGUCAAACCUUUCCAAUGGCCGGUCUGGUUGGGAAUGUUGAUUUCCAUGAUGGGAGUCAUCAUCAUCUUGAAUCUGUUGCAAUAUCGAUUGCUGCCUAAAAUCGAUUCUGUUCGAAAACCCAACCGUAAAAACAUCAGGAACAAACCACCAGAAAGUCAUCCGUCUAGAGUAAAGAAGGGAGAUGGAAAGCAGUUCCUCUACGUCUUUGGCAUGUUACUCUCACAAGAGGACAAAAUGAAUUAUGAUGCGGUCCGUCGUUUAAGCAAUCCGAAGCUACGUUCGUUACUGAAACAAGUACCGGGAGCGGAAGGAACAAUCUUUUAUCUUAAACUUAUGGAUUUUUUGACAAAUAGCUUUAUUGAUAAGAAACUUGAUCCCCCCACCAAAUGUGGUUUUCAGAAGGCUGAUGCCCACAUUCGUUUAACAUCCCUCGGUUCAGCUGAUAACAUUGUGUAUCCGAGGCAUAUUAAAAACCAAGAACGUUAUGGCAACCUGUGCGACACACUUCCUUCUUUGGAUGAAAUUAAAAAUACGAUGGAAAAGGCUAGGGUCGACGCCAAAAUGGAAUUGGAAGCACUGGGGAUCCGUACACCUUCGGAUCGAGUUGACAACCCCUCGCGUUUACCGUUUCGACUGGUCGCUGGCGUUUGGACCCUGGCCGCCUUCAUCUUCGUCCAGGCUUACACUUCUACUCUGUUCACCUACGUCGUGGCACCCGUCAAUAAUCCGCUAGUCGAUUCCAUGUAUGGCGUCGCUGAAAGUACCGAUGUCAAUCUACUAUUUCGGCACGGUGCGACGCUAAAUAUUUUUGUUAUGGAUCCCAAUGCUACGGGCGUGUUUUUGAAAUUACGAAAAAACAUCGACUCGUUUCCCAAUUCACGAUGUAAUUUGGUAUCGCAGUGUCUCAGUUUAAUCACGCCGGGUUCGAGAAACACCUUUGCCGAUUCGAGAAACUUCCAAAUGGAUGCCAUUAAGAGAAAUUUUGAAAAGACGGGCAAGUGUGGAUUACAGAUGGCAGGUGACUGUUUCCUGAGUUUACCCGUGACUUUUGCGCUUCAAAAACACAGCCCCUACACCGAAACGAUGAACAAAGGCCUUUUGGACCUGCUUCAAACUGGAAUAAUUGACCACUGGGACUCUUGGUUCCGCCCAAUGCCACGCCAGUGUAUGGCCAACGUGAAAAAAGGAUACAAGAAACGGGAAUCCGAACACAGGCCAAUUUCCCUUAAAAAUUUGACGGGUGCUUUUAUUAUUCUAUUGAUUGGAUUCAGUGUUUCAUUUUUGGCCUUUCUUGUCGAGCAAAUCAUUUCGAUGAGUGAUAAUCGCAAUGUCAAAUAA